AUGAACGCCGUCCGCAAAGUUACUCGUGCAAUAUUUCCCCCGCCUCGCGUCGCCCCUGAUGGUCGCGCAGAGUGGCCUUCGCGAACGCCAUACGUACUGGCGUCCAUGGGCGGAGCCAUGGGAUUUGGAAACCUGCUGCGUUUCCCCUCGCAGGUCUUCAACAACAACGGCAUACAAUGGUUCAUUCCAUACUUGAUGGCCGUCUGCCUUCUUGCAAUUCCAGUGCUUAUAUUGGAGGUGGCCAUUGGACAGGCCUACCGUAGUGGCUGUGUCAUAGCUUACAACGGCCUUGAUCGGCGCUUCACUGGUGUUGGUCUCGGUAUGGUCUGUGUUGGGUACGCUGUGGCUAUCUAUUACAUCCCCAUCCUUUCUUGGGUCAUGGUGUACUUCCGCAGCUCAUUCCGGUCGGCAGACGACUUCCCCUGGAGAGAGAAUCCACAGGAUUACUUCACGCACGUGGUGAACCAGGUUCCUGCCAUCCCCGCAGUCUACAGCGAUGACGGCAGCAAGGUCCUCCAAUAUGCUUCUUAUCCCGGUGUUAACCUCGAUGGGGAGCUCGUUGGCUGGGUUCUGUUUUCUUGGUUCAUUGUUUGGAUCUGCCUGUACAAAGGCAUCGCCAUCACAGCUCGCGUUGUCUACAUUACCAUCGUCUUACCCAUCUUCAUGACCGUCAUCCUAGUUGGUCGUGGUGCUUCGCUACCCAAUGCUGGCCGAGGAAUCAAACUAUACUUUGGCGAGUUCAACGGUGAUCAGCUCGCUGCUGGCAAGAUUUGGCAAGCUGCGACAAGUCAGGUUUUCUACUCUACAGGCGUCGGUUUUGGCUACUAUACUGCCUACGCCUCGUACAACUCCAAGUUCUCCGAUGCGGUGCAGGAUGCCAUGAUGAUUUGCAGUGCAAAUGCCUUGUUCGAGUCCUUCGCUGCCUUCGCAGUCUUUGGCGUUGUUGGAUACCUUGGUUUGCAGCCGGGUGUUGGUGACCCAGUUGGAACCUACACGCUUGGUUUCUACACCCUUCCCAGCGCCAUUCAGGAAAUGCCCGGCGCCCCGUUCUGGGCAGUCUUGUUCUUUUUGACCCUCUUCCUGCUCGGUAUCAGUUCAUCUUACGCACUCCUCGAUGCCAUGAUCACAACGAUUUGCGACACUCACUGGGGAAGAAAAUACAAGCACUCGACCAUCGCCACUAUCAUCACUGUCAUCUCGGCGUUGACCUCGUUGUUCUACUCUACCGGGUUUGGUUACGAAGCCACCAACGCUGUCGACGCACAGAUCAGUAAUAUCUCUCUGAUCUUCGUUGUAUGGGCUGAAUGCGUUUGUGCUACUUCCUUCUAUCGCUUUGUCGAUGUCAUUGGUCAAGUAGGCGCACCGUCAUUUUGGCUUUACCAAUGCUCGUACAUUGGCGCUCAGAUCAUUGGCAAUGCCGUUGCACAUAGCGUCUCUGACAAAAUUGGUGCUGGUGUUGGUUUCGGAUUUUACAUUGCAGGUACAAUCAUUGCUGUCGCUCUCGCAAAAGACCCUACGGUUCCAGCGCCACGCUUCUGGGGCCGUAACAAGCUUUUGAACCGUAUCUGGUGGUUCGCCCUUUACUCUGGCAACCAACUUGCGCGCGACCUCAACUAUGUUGUGUGCGUCGGCAAGCAAUGGCGACUACCUGUAUUCUGGGCUCCUAUCCUGCGAUACUUUGCCGCUCCCGUCUUGUCCAUUGUCUUUUGCUUCGCAUAUCCCACUUUCUACGCCACACGUGGCGAUCCCUUACAAAUCUUCGCUUUCAUGGUCGCCCAUCUCAUCGUCCUGGUUGUCUUCGUUGGCUUCAUCAUACCGAAGAGCUUAAAUGUCUUCGUGCCUCCAGAGCGACGCGAUGAGGGAAACAGGCAGUACGCUCCGAUGACCGUGCUCGGCAAAGACGACACAAACAUUGUCGGUGGUGUUGCACCGGGGCAGGAAUACGAAGCUGGUUUGCCGCCGUCUUACGACACUGACAAGGCGACAGACAAGAAGUGA